UCAACUGACCAUGGUGCUCACCGCUACACUCAAGGAUGGCCACGAGUUUGAGCCCAUGGAGCUAGAGGCCCUCAUGAUACAGGCGUUGGUGUGGUCACUGGGUGCCGCCCUCAUCGAGUCUAGCAGGCUGCGGUUCGAUGCCUACCUCAAGUACCUGGCCUGCAUGAGCGCGAUACAGGAUGAGACCGUGGAACCGAAAGUGGGAGAAUUGCCCAGCUGGAAGACGCUGUACGACUUCACGUAUGACGUGGACAGACGUGUGUGGGUGCCCUGGGCCAAGCUGGUCCCGGAGUACGUGCACGACCCCCAGAGAAAGUUCUACGACAUCCUCGUGCCCACGGUGGAGACGUUCCGAGCUACGUGGCUGCUGCAGCUGAUGAUGAACAUAAAGCGACCUGUGGUGCUGGUGGGGGAGACGGGAACCUCGAAGACUGCCACCAUACUGGACUUUCUCCGUGGUAUUGAUGAGGAGACACAUCUGCUGCUGACCAUGAACUUCUCCUCACGGACCACGUCACUGGACGUCCAGCGGAACCUGGAGGCCAACGUGGAGAAAAGGACCAAAGACACCUAUGGGCCGCCCUCCAAUAAACGACUCAUAAUCUUCAUUGACGACCUGAAUAUGCCACAGCAGCCGGGAGGAGGAGACGCACUGCAGAUAACUUAUGGAAAGGGUAGGGGGGUCCUCACUACUACACAAAAAAAGGAAGGAGAGGAGGAGAAAAACUACGCCCCCCACGCCCAUCUAUCAUCUCCCUGUCAAUGGACACGGUUCCCGGCCGCGGAAGGUAUGUGCUUAUGUUCGGUGCCAACCUCCAGGUUCGUGUCUCUGUUCAGCGUGUUCAACAUGACGUUCCCGGACAGCUCGUCCCUCAUGAAGAUCUACACGUCCAUCCUGAGUGGUCACCUGAGUCCCUUCCCGCCGGAGAUCAGCCACCUUACGGAGGAGAUCACCAAUGUAACCAUGAUGCUCUACGCGUGA